AUGUCAGACCAAUCGCCUCCGCCUAAACCCAAACCAGGAUCGCUGCGCGACCGAAUCGCCGCUUUUGAGAAGUCUAGCGCGUCGGCAGCGCCUGCGCCUCCCCCACCACGCCCAAAGCCGGGCGGGGUCUCUUGGAAACCCAAACCGCCAUCACCACCAUCGUCGCCCAAAUCUAACCCAGAUGGAGAGAAGAAGGCUGGUGGUAUGUCUGCAUCAGAUGCGAAGGAGAGCAUUGGAAAGGGUGUAUCCUUGAAGGAACGAAUGGCAGCUCUUCAAGGUAAGGGCGGGUUCGGUGCACCAGCACCAGCACCUCCUACAGCACCGAAGCCAGGUGUGGAGAGGCCAAAAUGGAAACCUCCCCCGGUCGUGUCGCCUCCUGCGGAGGAAGGAAGCGAUCCAAUCGUUUCCGAACCAACAGUGACUGCGGAUGUUACCAUCGAGGCCCAGAAGUCUCUACCUAUCGUGAGUGAGGACGCGUCGACACCCCCCGCGCCUCCAACAGAUGAGGAUGAGAAGGAUAAAGAAGCAGUCGAUCCAGACGAGGAAGAGCGCCAGCGACGUGCUGCUAUCACUGCUCGCAUCGCUCGUUUGGGUGGUGCUCGUGUUGGUAUGGGACCCCCCAUAUUUGGAAGGCCAGCCGUACCAGCCAAGAAGCCAUCUCUUCCUCACGAAGAGCCAGCCGAACAGAAAGAAUCGAAAGAUGAAGAACUUACUGUGAAGACCCUUGAUGGCAUCACUGACGAGCCGGUACAAGAACAUGCGAUUGAUCCAUCUAAAGAACGCCAUUCAGUUUCUGAAGAAGGAAGCAGUAGUGAGGGGCUUCAGCCUCCGGAAGAGGUCUCUCCUCCUCGAGUACCCAGCAGUAUGCCUGUCCCUGCUGUGCCUCGUAGAGCUGCACCUCCGAGGAGGAAGGCCAAAUCUCCGGCUCCUCCUCUUGAGGAGGCCUCCCCCACCCCCUUGACUACUGAGGAUGAAUCCCAGGCAGCUAUCUCAGACGACGUCACUCCUGCUGCUGCUCCUGCGCCCCUCUCAGAACCAGCCGCUGAUCCUGAGGAGCACGGUCUGAAGCUACCCUCAUCACCACCUAUGGAUGCACACGUCGAACCGGUCACAUCCGAAAUGGGCCCUGUGGAUCUGCCUAAGGCAAUGCCUGGUGCUGAUGACAAGGAAGAUGGGACUCCUGCUGCCGUUGACAUGGAUAAGACAACAUCUUCCAUCGCCGAUAGGGAUUCAGACGAGGCUGACCCGCCCAAGGCAACUCUGGCUAGCGCUGAGACCGAAUCGGAAGAGCCAGUUGCUUCUACCCCUGCUCCAGAGAAAUCUGACAGCCCCAACUCACCGGAGGAACCUUCUUUCUCUUUUGCAAAGGAAUCCACUCAACCGGAAGUAAAAGCGGAAUCUCCCCUGCAACAAUCAAACCUUGAAGUGCAUGAUGAAGAUGAAGAAAGAGCUGAACGCCGAACUGUCGAUGCCGAUGACAAGACCCCUUCCCCUAUUUCCCAGAGGGCCUCAGUAGCCAUCGAUACGCCGUCACCCACAGUUGACCUUGCAGCAACUUUUCCGCCUUCUGAUGCAGUCGCAAGCCCCGCCACCGCCUCUCGUGAGGAGGAAAGUCCAGAACCCGUAGUUGAACCAGCUGAAGAAGAGGAAGAGGCCGCCCGUAAAGCUCGUGUCGCGGCUAGGCUUGCAAAGAUGGGGGCUGUGAAUCCCUUUGCCCCCCCUCCUCAGAGAAGACUGUCUCACGACGUUGUUUCUCCUCCACCUACGAGUAGGUCGACAAAGCCCGCCGAUGAGGGCGUCGCAGAGCCGUCUACUAUACCGCGCUCGCCGCCUAUCGUACCGGAACGUGACGAAGAUGUGAUCAUUCAGAAGGACAUCUCUCCUGAACUCUCCGAGCCGUCCUCGCCAGCACCUGAUACGUCAAAGACGCAGAAGGAAACUGAAGACGAUAUACCCUCAAAUGUAACGGAAGACGCGAAAUAUCCCAUUGAUGCUCCAUUACGUUUGCUCUCUGAUGAACACAAGACCUCCCUCGAGAGUAUCCCUAAGCCUGACAUCGACGCAGUGGAACAUGGAGCCAUCUCAGAUGCUGCUGACGCUCGUGCAUCUACAGCAUCUGCGUCGUCACCUGAUGCAGUCUCUCCGCCCGUACAAGCGUCCCCUAGGGAGGAGACGGCGCAUCAUCCUCAUCCUCCCCACCCACGACGCUCUCUCCCUCCUCCGCGACGGGUCUUACCGCAAUCUCCCGACGAUGUACGCGACAAUACCCACGUAGUUGCAUCCCCUGACGACCCUACGGUGUCCCCUCCGCCCCCUGGCCGUAUUGAAGAGUCUAAGCGGCCUACGAGAUUACCUCCGCGCACAAUAUCCGAUGAUGAGGAGGCAAACGCAGAGGAGGCACACCAGUUGGAUAGUGUUCACGAAACAUUCCCCCGUUCCAAUUCUCCAUCCUCCGGAAUUGAACAACUCCCAACUCGCUCUGAAAUAGGUGGUUCACGGUCCCGUCAUUCCAUACCACCGAUACAAACGCCUCAUAUGCAGCUUGCGCCUGAUGAACCACAGACACCGUCUCAAGCUUCUCAGCCUGACGAUGAAGCGCUGCCAACCGUUCCGCGCUUCCACCCGUCCUCGCAAGAUGGCGACGAUGAGCAAUCACGUCCAGAGAGCCGGGGGUCACCGAUUGAAGGAUUGCAGUUGGAGGAAGUGGAAGUUAUUUCCCCUGUACCUCCCCCUCGCUCGUAUCAUGCAACUCACACACCCUCUGAACUUCCACCAAUUGGCAUGACUUCGCCGAAUCGCGAAAUACUCGACGAAGAGGAAGGAGAUCCUAUUGAUCCCUCUUUCCACAGCCCAGUUAGCCCAAAGUCGUCAAAACCUAACUUGCGAGCCGACAACGAAGCUUCGGAGAUCGAGCCCGCCGUCGACGAUGACCAAGCCAGGCGGCGAACCAUUGCCGAGCGCAUGGCCAAGCUUGGAGGCAUCAAGCUUGGAGGCGCACCCCCUUUGAUGCGCAGGCCCCCGCCUGCACCCACAGCCUCCUCAGACCUCCCCGAGGAGGGAGAAGGGCCCACUCCUACUGAGCCCCUUCAAGAGGAAGAUGAGGAAGAUGAACAAGCCCGAAGGCAGCGUAUCCUCGCCCGACUUGCUGGAAGUGGCGGCAUGCGACUUGGAAUGAUACCACCAUCUCUGCCCCAUCACUCCACCACUCGAACUGAAACCGAAGAGGAGCCCGCCAUUCCUGCGCCUCCUCCACGUCGUGCCGCUCCCAACCCUGAUAUCGAAUCCGCUCCGCCGCCCCCACCACCUCCCCAUCGUGUUCCCCACUCAGCCCGAUCAAUUCCUGUUCCACCCGUGGACACUGAUUCUGAUAGCCAGACUUUCUCGGACGCUGUUCAAGUCGAAGCCGAAGAAAGCGAGCUCGAGGAAGUCAGCCACGAGGACGCAGACAUUCCCCCUCCCAUUCCAGUGAGAAUAGGCCGUCAUCCAUCAGUCGAAUCGACGAGUACUAUGCGGGAACAACCCAGCAGGAAGGCAUCACUUCCCCCCGCGCCUCCGACUGGUCGUCCCCCAGUACCCAGGGUCAACCUCACUACGCGAAGGUCCUCUACCGAUCAUAGUCAUCAAACACACCAGACAGCUGUAUCCCAGGGCGACUAUGUCUUAGUGUCAGAUUCAAUGUCAGAUCCCGAGGAAGUAGCUCCACCACCUCCACCAAGGCAUACAGUCAAACAUUCUGCUUCCCCCCACGGUGUUCCACCUUCCUCUGCUCCUCCUCUAGACCUUGGUAACUCCCAGUGGGAGCUACCUUCUAUCCCUGCCGCCUCUAUCGACUUCGGCGAAAAGGAACCGGAUCUUUCCUUAUCCAACUGGUCAGAGGACUCGGCUACAUUCGCUACUUCACCCCCACCUACUUCGGCACCGCGUCCAGAGUUUGUUCCCGUCGUUGGCCACCAGCAUCUCGCCGAUGAUCAUCCACGUUCUUCUGAAGAGUUGAUGAUGGUUUGGGGACGCGUCGGCGUGCAGAUUUGUGAAGUCGCUACGAUGCUUUUCGAGAAGUCAAAGAAGACUUUGAUAGGAGAUGGAUCAUACCCCGGUUUCAUCCACGCUGUUUUAGGCGAGGUUCCAAAUGCUGCUUCUCCUCGAGGACCUCUGGACUUCGGGAGUCUUAUUUACAUGCAAACGGCAAACGCAGUGCAGAAACGGCUCGCGGAAAUCAUGCCAGGGGAUAUUAUCUUACUGGAUGAUGUCAAAUUCAAAGGGCAUAAAGGAUUGCAGAUAUAUCAUCAGAACGUCGGGACGGACGAACCGUUGAUCGCGGUUGUCAAUGAUUUUGAAGCGAAGAAAUCGAAAGUGAAGGUAUUUCAGGCGAAUCAACACGUAGGACAACAGACUGUUGAAUCUGCGAGUUAUCGAUUGGAAGAUGUGAAGAGCGGGGUUGUAAAGGUUUUCCGCGUACUUGAAGCAUGA